AUUAAAUCGAAAAUGUUGAAAACCCUCAAAUUUGGUAAAAUUGUGCUGAAGACCAUAUCCUCCUUGGUCCCCAUUAGCAGCUGAACAAAAAUAGGGUACAGUUGACUGAUAAAAGUGUUACACCUUUUCAUUCUUUUUUUUACAGUAUUGUCGCAAUUUGGAAAUAUUCUGGACGCUUCAUCAUUCCUUACGCCAUGUAAAUUAGAAUCUAUAUGUCGUAGAAUUCAGAUCUAGCGAGUUGGAGUAGGGCUUGUUUUGAAACGGAAAACAGCUUAUGUUGGUCAUACUUACUUUUGACUGGAACAGAAUCUUAAAAAGCACGGUUUAUUGCAGCAACCGGUCUCAAUUUGGUCUUCAAAAGUGCGAUGGUUUUUUUCUUGCAAAAAACGUGCCAACUAAAAUGUUCAGGUUGAGAAUCUGCAUAUUGAUGUUCAAAAAGCGAUGUUGGGAUAUUUGAGACAAAUUUUUGCGAUUCCGCAUAAGUUGAAUAUGAAGUUGUCAAAAAACACAUUCUUUUCUAGUUCUACAAUUUUUCUUUUCAGAAAUCUCUGUGCAGUUAUGGAUCGCAAUGUGACAGAAACAAGAUGGGCAGAUACGAACAAAGCAAUCACCAUUAAAUCAGAUGUAAAUGGAAAGCUGGAGAAAGCCAUAAAGAAGCUCGAGACGCUUGAGUCGAUCCAUAUUACGAAACAGCUGACAUCUCAUUAUAGCUAUGGUAUACCAACAGAAGAAUCGACAGUCAUCAAAGACCGAUUGGAGCUAAAGCUUAAGUUGAGAAAUGAGCAUAAUAUCUAUUGCCAAGUAAUAUUUGACUCGCAUAACUAUAUGUUUCCCCCAGAUAUCAUUUUCAAAAAAGAGACCUUACCAUCUUUACGCAGUGGUAAACAGCAUAAUAAUAACGGUAUCAGCCAUCUUUUGCCAUUGGUCAGUGAAUGGAAUUUGAAUGAUGAAAAAUGCCUAUACUCUUGGAUCGAACGCAUUGUAUCUUUCUUUGAAAAGUACGCAAUUAUCGAGAACCAGAAGAAAAUAGCGUCUGAUUUUCGUGACGAUUGGUUAUCAUCAACCGUACGUGAACCUACCGCUACUGAUAAUAUAAGAACAACGACAACGAGUGCAACGGAGGAUAUCCUGGAUAAAGUACAAAGAUCGAAGAAUAGAUUAUUUAAACAGAAAGUUUUGAAAAUGUCGCGUCCAUUGGACAAAGGUAGUAUGGACGACAAUAAUGACGAUUUUGAUUCCCGAGGAGAUAGAGUUAUCUUUCCCCGUCGCACAGUCAGUCUUGCUAAAGAUAAAGCUGCUGCAUGCCUGAAGAGAUCAAAUGAGCAAUCUCCUUCUUUAUGCAAUAUCAGCAACAAGGAUUGGUUAAAGAGCUACAAAGAUGCAGAUAAAGAGAUUGUGGAAGACAAUGAUUCCGAAGUAAAAUUGUCAGAUUACAGAUCGAAUGCUAAAAGGCCAUACGAGGAUCAUCAACAGCUAUAUCAGGAGGUGAAUCAUUUUGUCACUACUGAUUUCAACCAACCGACCAAAAAGCUACGAAAGUCAGCUGUAUCUGUGACAGAAAAGGACGUGAGUAAUAGACCUGACGAUUGGAUGAAGAAUGCGCAUUGGAGGGAAGGCUUUAUGUCGGUUUGGUUACAGAAAUAUGAAGAUGCUAUCAUGUUGUACGAUGCGUCCAGUUUUCGAUCAUUUACAAUGUUCUUGACUUUUGCUAUCAAAGAUGAGAGCAUUUGGGAUAAUUAUGUUGCGCUGAAAAAACCAAGUAUAGAGGAAUUCAGACGUAACAAUAACAUGACGCCCAAUGCUAAAAUACUGGCAGAGAAACGUUCAGCACCUGUCCUUAUUCAAUUCAAUAUGGAUUCGGAUGUUCCUCAUAGCAAGUUAAACAUUCGUUUGAUCUCUGCUCUGAAUACCGCAAAGCCAGGUUCAGCCGAACCUGACUAUGUCGACCUCGAAUAUAAUGUCGAUCCUGCAAAAACUUAUUCAGGCUUAGUCACUCAUAUAAUGUCGUUUUUGACGGAAAGAGUCUGUUACUUUCAUCUCUUUCAGCAGAAAAAAGUAUUACCUUUACUGCGGUAAAAACAUAGUGUAAAUAUUAUGAUACCCAUUUGUUUGCUUUGCCAACAAAUCCAAAAAAAAAGAACUAAGCAAUGUUUAGAAAUGUAUUCUCCGUAUUUGAAGCUGUCAAUUACUUAUGACAAUUCAAAUAAGCAAAUGCACUAUUAUUAAGCGUGAUAGCAAAA